AUGGAUUCCAAUCUGUAUAUGAAUUUAAAUUUUGUUGAUCUUCUUCAAAGUCAACAAGAUUUUGGCGUCGGCUCGGAAUCAUCCCCUAUUCCUUUAUUUGGGACGCAAGCAACCGAAAGUUCAAACUUCGAACCAGAGAGUCCUGUGGAGAGUAAAGCAAGACGCAUGUGGACUCCAACAGAUGACAAUGUUCUCAUCAGCUCAUGGUUAAACACCAGUAAAGACCCUAUCAUAGGGAAUGAACAACGGAAUGAUGCUUUCUGGAAAAAGAUAGCAGCCUACUACUCGGCUAGUCCUAAAAUCGCUGACUGUGACAGAAGAGGGGCAUCACAGUGUAAGAAUAGGUGGCACAAAAUCAACGAAGCAGUGGGCAAUGGGAAAAGCGAGACUGAUGUUCUCAAACAUGCCCACGAAAUCUUCUUCAACAACUACAAAAAGAAGUUCACAUUAGAACAUGCUUGGAAAGAGCUUAGACAUGACCAAAAGUGGUGUGAUCUUUCUUCGCCUUGCUCUCAAGGAGAUUCCAAAAGGAAGAAGCUUGAUGACGGUUCGCACUCAGGGUGCUCUGUAGCUGAUGAAGUAGCGACUCGACCCCUUGGUGUUAAGGCUGCAAAAGCCCGUGGGAAGAAACCAAUUGUUGAGGGGAAAGACGUUGGUGAGCUUCAGAAAAUGUUGGUUACGAAGGAGAAGAUGUCCAAGAUGAAGCUUCUGGACAGGCUCAUGGCUAAACAAAAACCUCUAGAUGAUGAUGAAGUAGCUCUGAAGAAUAAAGACGUCUUGAUCAGGAUACUUGUACUGAAGCGUGCUUGGACUGAAGGGAGUCACGGACCAUGUCUUUAUUUGUAG